UGAGAACUGGCUGCGGUGUUGCUCGCAACUGCACCUGAAUGACAGAGUAAAACGCUACAUGUGAAUACUUCCUGCAAUUUGUCCCUAUAAACCUUCACUUUUACCGUCGAACGAAUCCAGCAACUCUUCCAAAUGCCUACAGCUAUGGCAACGAUCGAACAGGCCUCUCAGCUUUUAGAUUUCUCCCAGAAGCUUGACAUAAACCUUCUAGAUUCGGUUGUCUCGUGCUUUUAUAUGUCCCAGGGACCACAGCAAAAAGUCGCAGACCAGAUUUUAACGCAGCUUAAACACCACCCAGACGCAUGGACAAGAGUCGAUACAAUCCUCGAAUUCUCAAGCAACCAACAAACCAAGUACUACGCACUACAGAUUUUAGAAAUGGUAAUAAAGACACGUUGGAAAAUUCUUCCAGGCGAGCAACGAGAAGGAAUCAAGAAAUAUAUAGUCGGUUUAAUUAUAAAGAUUUCAUCAGAAGCUACAGAAAUGGAAAAAGAGAAAACCUAUCUUUCCAAGCUGAAUAUGAUCUUAGUAGAGGUCUUGAAGCACGAAUGGCCAACAAAGUGGCCAAUGUUUAUAAGUGAUAUUGUUGGAGCUAGCAAAGCCAAUGAGUCCCUUUGCCAAAACAACAUGAUCAUUUUGAAAUUACUAAGCGAAGAGGUGUUUGACUUCUCAAGUGGUCAGAUGACUCAAGCCAAAGCCAAACAUCUCAAAGACAGCAUGUGCAGUGAAUUUUCACAAAUCUUCACUCUUUGCCAGUUUGUCAUGGAUAACUCACAGAAUGUAACUCUGGUUGAAUCAACUUUAGAGACACUUCUCAAGUUUUUGAAUUGGAUUCCCCUGGGCUACAUCUUCGAGACCAAGUUGAUCAGCAGCCUUAUUUACAAGUUCCUCAAUGUUCCUCUGUUCCGUAAUGUUACCUUGAAGUGCCUGACUGAGAUUGCGGCCAUAAGUGCCUCCCAGUAUGAUGAGCAGUUUGUUGUGCUGUUCUCCCUCACCAUGUCGCAGCUCAAGCAGAUGUUGCCAUUGACGAUCAACAUCAAAGAGGCAUAUGCUAAUGGAAGAGAUGAUGAGCAGAAAUUUAUCCAGAAUUUGAGUUUAUUCCUGUGUUCAUUCCUAAAAGAACAUGGCCAGCUUGUGGAGAAGAAGAUCCGUAGCAUUUUCUCCAUGACAAAAAAAGACUUUAUAAUUGAGAACCAUGAAGGCAAAGUCAACAGGGUUGAUUUACAGACAACUCUCCUUGAGGCACUGCACUACCUUGUGCUCAUAUCUGAAGUAGAGGAGACGGAGAUCUUCAAGAUUUGCCUUGAGUACUGGAACACCCUGGCGUCUGAUUUGUACCGAGAGAACCCUUUCUCUUCUACAAGUAGUCCCCUGCUGAUUGCACAGAACCAGCAAGUGCCUCCACGGAGACAGCUCUACUUGUCUGUACUAUCCAAGAUCAGAGUUAUCAUGAUCUCAAGAAUGGCCAAACCAGAAGAGGUUCUUGUGGUUGAAAAUGACCAAGGAGAAGUAGUUAGAGAAUUCAUGAAGGACACUGAUGCCAUCAACCUCUACAAGAACAUGAGAGAAACACUUGUGUACCUGACUCAUUUGGACUAUCAGGAUACUGAAAGGAUCAUGACUGAAAAACUCCAAAACCAAGUGAAUGGUAUUGAGUGGUCAUGGAAGAACCUGAACACUUUGUGCUGGGCAAUUGGUUCAAUCAGUGGAGCAAUGCAUGAAGAGGAUGAGAAGAGAUUUCUUGUUACGGUCAUCAAGGACCUGUUGGGACUGUGUGAGAUCAAAAGAGGCAAGGACAACAAGGCCAUUAUCGCUUCAAAUAUCAUGUACAUUGUGGGCCAGUACCCAAGAUUCCUCAGGGCUCACUGGAAAUUCCUGAAAACCGUUGUAAACAAGCUGUUUGAGUUUAUGCAUGAAACUCAUGAUGGGGUGCAAGACAUGGCUUGUGAUACAUUCAUCAAGAUCGCUCAGAAGUGCAGGAGACACUUUGUUCAGGUUCAAGUUGGAGAGGUGAUGCCUUUCAUUGAAGAAAUCCUUAACAGCACCCAGUCCAUAAUAUGUGAUUUGCAGCCAUUACAGGUUCACACAUUUUAUGAGGCUGUUGGUUCCAUGAUCAGUGCACAGACAGAUGCAGUUGUAAUGGAGCGACUCAUUGAGAAGUACAUGUCCCUCCCUAACCAGGCUUGGGACAACAUUGUCAGAGAAGCUACCAGGAACAUUGAUCACUUGCGUGAUCUAGAGGUGGUAAAACAACUUGGCAACAUCUUGAAGACUAAUGUACGAGGCUGUAAAUCCAUUGGACACCCAUUCGUCACUCAGCUAGGAAGAAUAUACUUGGACAUGUUGAAUGUGUACCGGUGUUUAAGUGAAAACAUUUCAAUGGCGAUCUCAGAGAAUGGUGAACUUGUCAUGAAGCAACCCCUAAUACGGGCUAUGAGAACAGUUAAGACUGAAGUCCUCAGGCUUAUAUCUACGUGGGUUAGCAAGUCAAAUGACCCAAAGUUGGUGUGUGACAAUUUUAUCCCACCAUUACUGGAUGCAGUGUUGGGUGAUUACCAAAGAAAUGUACCUGGAGCAAGGGAGCCAGAGGUGCUGAGCACAAUGGCUACCUUUAUCAACAAGCUAGAGGCCAACGUCACAGAGAAUGUUCCCCAGAUUUUUGAUGCAGUAUUUGAGUGCACUUUAAACAUGAUCAACAAGGACUUUGAGGAGUUCCCUGAACACAGAACAAAUUUCUUUCUCUUGUUACAAGCAGUCGUGCAGCACUGUUUCCAAGCACUACUGAAGAUUCCUCCAGAGCAAUUCAAGCUUGUGUUGGACUCUAUAGUGUGGGCCUUUAAGCACACCAUGAGAAAUGUGGCAGAUACAGGUCUGCAUAUCCUGUACUCACUGCUGAAGAAUAUGGAGGCUGAGGAGGCAUCUCAGAGCUUCUACCAGACCUACUACAUCACUAUAGUACAGCAUGUGCUCUCUGUUGUUACAGACACCUCACAUACUGCAGGCCUUACGAUGCAUGCUACAAUCCUGGCGCACAUGUUUAGCCUGGCAGAGAGUGGCAAGAUCACUCAGCCCCUGUUCAACUCCUCAGAGGCGCAGUAUGCAUCUAACCAGGCUUACAUCCAAGAGUACAUCGCAAACGUGUUGCGUCAGGCAUUCCCUCACCUACAGGAUGCCCAGAUCAAGAUAACCGUUCAAGGGUUGUUUAACCUCAAUCAGGACAUCUCGGCAUUCAAGGAGCACCUGCGGGACUUCUUAGUGCAAAUAAAGGAAUACCGGUCCGAGGACUCGACGGACCUCUACCUUGAAGAGCGAGAGACUCAGCUAAAGUCGGCGGAGGAAGAGAAGCGCAAAGUGCAGCUGUCAGUACCAGGGAUUGUGAACCCACACGACAUGCCGGAGGAGAUGCAGGACUAGGGCGACAAAUUUCGCCCAUGCUAGCGGGCGAUACAGUGCCCAAGACGCUCUGUGGCCAACCCGAGCAGAAUUUGUGAGACGAGGAACUAAGAUUACAAUAUGAUGGGCAGAUGAACUACCUACGAGCUAAGUAGGAAAGGGUCGAUAUGUGAGUAAUCACUCACCAGGAAAGCAAAAUAGCCUGCAUUAAGUACUGUGCUUGGCCCGUCCGUGUGGCGAGACAUUGCGGGGCCUAUUAGCCGUUUGAAAGGGACUGCCCGUGGUGUGGUCGUACACCUUAUCGCGCGUGGAACAAUCGAUGAAUUGGAAGCAUGAAUUAGAGUAGCGGUUGUGAUUGUUAUGGAUAGAAUGAGUGUGACUUUUUAAAGCCUUUUUGAUCUUGUUGAUCGGUAGAUUAUUUUUACGUUUUUACCGUGCUUGCUGGCGACAAUUUGCGCGACACAGUGUGGCAUACAAACUGACUGCGGGAAAAGGUUUCUCCCAAUUUCCCUGAAUGCCUCAUCGUGCCGCCUGCUGUCGGGACCGCUUACUGCCAAUGGUAAAAUAAUCUAUCGCACCAACCCAUCUGCUCCACAGAGAGGCUACCAAGAGAGUAAGUUUUGUAUAAUUUAUUGAAAGAUAUUGUAAAUUAUUUAGUUUAUAGUUUCGUUUGGAUUUAUUCCUAGAUGCUCGUAUUAUUGAGCAUUAAAGUAGACUUCAACCGGAUAACGUUGUCAACAUCUUGUUGCCGCACCAAGCUUUGUGAUAUUUUAUUUGAAAAAACACAACAACAAGAUGGUGACAACAUUAUCUAAGUGGUUCUUUACAAUCCCCCAAAUUAUAACCCGUUAUUCACCCAUCUGACUAUAUAUAAGGCUAUUCUGAUCGUUAUAUUUUAUACUUACACUGCAAAUAAGCAUAAGUUUAGCAGAUAAACCGAUAGCAUCCGUACAUUUUGUCGAGCACCACCGCCCUAGUAUUUAUGUCUUUCUCCUGUCGAAGACAAACUCUAGUCAUAAACAUGCCAAUUAAUAUUUUUUGGAGGGGACGGGGGUUCUUGGUUGAAAUAUUUUUUUCCUAUAUACGAACCAUCUGUCCUUGUUUUUCACUUUCCUUUUUUUUUUUGGCGGGUAUUUCAGCACUUUUAUUCCUUGCUUUUGCAGCCUGCCCCCCCCCCCCCCCCCCCCCCCACCAAGUAUCUACUGCUCUCCUAACAAAUCGUAGAAGCUCGGGCAGUCUCACAUAAAAAAAUAAUCAUUUUUUUGUUGCUCUUCCAAUCAUAGAUACCUCAACAUAAUCAUAUUCUAAUAUGCAGUACCAAAAGAACGUUCCGUAAACAAAUGUCGUAAUUUUACGAGUUUAUCAAAUUUCCAAUAAAACAGACCGAUAACA